AUGGUCAUCCAUAUCGAGAACAUGUACGAGGGCAAGAAGGCGGAAGAUGUGGCUAGGGAGUUGAUCGGGAAGAAGACGUUCAUCAACUGGCCGUUUUUGCAGGAGGGAUUGGUCGUGAGCGUGUCGGACCCGUUGUUCAAGUAUGAGAAGGUCAGGAUCGUGCAGGGCGGCCCGGAGAAGGUGGUGUCGAACCCGCAUUCGCAGAUGGGAUUGGGGCAUUGGAAGGGUAAGACGGAGAGGAUAAACUAUUUCUACUCGAAGAAGUGCGGUGUGUUGACGGGGGAUAUCGAGAUGCUGUUGCAUGUGAGGCCUCUGAAGGGUCUUAAGCGCCUGGAGAAUGGGGCAUUUGUCAAGGAUUACGAGGAGGCGCAGAAGGAGAUUGAGCAAGCUGUACAGAUGUCGGUUCCUGAGGUUGUCUCUGAGGAUCCACGGUAUGCGGAACGUGCGCCUCCGCCUCUAUCAGAGGAGUUCCCCGAAGGCAGCCGUAUCUUCUUCCUUGGGGAGCACGCCUACGGUGUUGCCGCACAGGUCUCUGGGACUACCGAGGACUCGCUCUCCGUUGUUCUUGCCUUCUCACCCUCAGACAAGGCUGAGAACGAGAAAUUCAAGUCCGCUGUGAUCAACCGUCUUCCAACGAAGUAUUACCCCUCUUUCACCGUCGCGGAGAUCCUACGCAUUUCGUCCCGGGCUAUCGCGAGGAUCACCUCUAGCUUUAUGGUCCUUACGUCGGAUAAUCAGAAGAUCAACCUUGGGCUCAGUCUGAAGUUCGAGGCCAAGGCCCAGAAGGUGCUUGACUAUUCGAGGAAGGACGGGAAGUUCUGGGAGUUCAGCGACAAGGCGGUUGAGCUUUUGAGGGAGUACAGGGAGAAGUAUCCUGAGGUGUUCCGCUUACUUGAUCGUGGUGGUGACGAUAUGGCCAGGGCUUCGGACAUGUUCCCCAACGAGGCCGAUCCCAAUGCGAAAGCUAAGGAGGCAAGGUCAUGGCUUGCCACCAAAGGCGUUCGCGAUUUCGAACCCGUCUCCCUGUUUUGCGAUCAACUCAAAAAGACAACGGUCUCGGAGAUCGAAACUCUCGCGGACACCUUCAACGCAAAUCGCAAAUCCGCCGCCGCUUACAAGAAAGCGCUCGUCAAGAACAUUCCACGACGAGCCGUCCUCAAGCCGACGCAUGCUGUAUACAGGUUGCAGAACCAACGCUUCGCGCUCGGAGACAGAGUCACGAUGGUGCAAGAUUCUGGAGGUGUCCCUCUUGCCGCGAAGGGCGUUGUGAUCGGGCUCAACACGAAGAAUAUGGAUGUCGUAUGGGAUGUGGCGUUUAUGUCGGGGACCACAUUGAACAAUAGGUGCUCGCAGUACCGUGGAUCAACUGUGGAUUUCCAGUCAUGCUUGAAUUUGACGACGCCACAGUUCAUCACUUCAGUCAAACCAAAUGCGCCUCCGCCUGUCGCUCCCUCCGCACCGUUCCAGCCGCGGUCAGGACCGUAUCCCGCCAUUCGCCCGCCACAGGGUCAACAGGCAGCAGCCGGGUUCCGUCCAGCUGCUCAAGUUGCAGCGAAUCAGGCUCCCGUGCAUAUCAUGACCAACCCCAACCGCGGUCGAGGCCAAAUGCCCUACCGAGGUGGCCCGAAACACGUCAACGGCGUCGUCCACGGCAACGGAGAUGCUCAUAGUUCCUCGAAUGAACCGGCAACUCCUCAGUCACACCCAGUUGGGCGAGGAGCUUACGCUCCGAGGGGUCAGCGAGGUUUCCGUCACGAUGGAGCUCCACCUCCUCGAGGAGGGUUCAUUGCUGGUCAUAGAGGAGGAAGAGGUUUCCCUCCAAUGGGAAUUGAUAGGGGUCGCGGAGGAGGGACGCCCAGGGGAAGAGGACGAGGUAGGGGAGCCUUCGCUCCGCCCUUACCUUCGUAA